GAUCCAAACAUGGCGGCCGUAGCAGAAAAAUCAACGAAAGAGCGCCUACUUUCUGUUUUGGAUGAUUUGGAGGUCUUAUCUCGGGAGCUGAUAGAGAUGCUGGCUUUGUCCAGGAGUCAGAAACUGCCCCAGCCUGGAGAGGACACUCAGAUCCUGGAACUGCUGGUGCAGAGGGACAGGGAGUUCCAGGAGCUGAUGGAGGUGGCCCAGCAGCAGGGGAAAGUCCACCAGGAAAUGCAGCUGCUGGAGAAGGAGGUGGAGAAGAGAGACAGUGACAUCCAGCAGCUCCAGAAACAGCUGAAGGAGGCUGAACACAUCCUGGCCACUGCUGUUUAUCAGGCAAAAGAGAAACUCAAAUCUAUUGACAAAGCCAGAAAAGGAAGUAUCUCCUCAGAGGAAAUCAUCAAAUACGCCCACAGGAUCAGUGCCAGUAAUGCCGUGUGCGCUCCACUCAACUGGGUUCCAGGUGAUCCACGCAGACCCUACCCCACCGACCUGGAAAUGCGCAGUGGGAUGCUGGGUCACAUGGCUAAUCUACCAACCAAUGGAGUCAACGGACACCUGCCAGGGGACGCACUGGCUGCUGGGAGGCUGCCAGACGUCCUGACCCCAAACUACCACUGGCACUCGUCGGACGUCCCGGUGGGGAUGCUGCCUCCUCACCACGGCAACGACUUCGGCCUGGAGCCUCCGGGUCACAACAAAGAGAACGAGGACGAUGUGGAGGCCAUGUCGACCGAUUCAUCCAGCAGCAGCAGCGACUCCGACUGAAGACACGGCAUGAUGGGAAACGUGUCUGCACCGCUGAACUCUAUAUGACGGAUGUGUGGAUUAGUGACAUGAACGACACAUGGACGGAUGUGUUUAGGCUCUGGUUUGCGUCUCCAGGUCCAACGCUGCUCAGAUACAUUAACAUAGACCACGGGUGUCAAACAUACGGCCCGUGGGGCAAAACCAGACCGCCAAAGGAUCCAAACUGGCCCAUGGGAGGACUUUGUGAAAUGCAAAAAUAACACUGAAUAUAUUACCAAUUAGUGGUGUUACAAUCAUAUUAGUUCAGGUUCCACAUACAGUCCUGGAAAAAAUUAUUAGACCACCCCUUGUUUUCUUCA